ACAUAAAGUUUCACGAGGGCUCCUAUCAUCUGAUGUGCUUCCGUCGUCUUCUUAUACCAUAUUUUCUUGAAUUAUUGUUAAAACAUUCAUUCAACUUACUCGCUCUUCUUGCGUCCUUCCUUGGCUCUCUCUCCAUUCUCUGCAUUCCUCUCUCUGAUCUCCCUUAAUUGCGCGAGUAUGGAUCCUGCAAAGGUGUUAGAAACUCUCUACACUUUUCCGGUGGAGGGAAUACUAAACUCGGUCGCUUCACUUGCUGCUCAAGAAAUCAGUCUUUUCCGAGGAUUCAAAAAAGAGCUAACUAAGCUUCGUGAAUCAGUACUUGCAAUUCAAGAGUUCUUAGGCGAUGUUUCGUACCAACCACGUGACAGGGGCAAGGCGGUGGAGGUCUGGGUGAAGAAACUGAAAGACGUAGCUCAUGAUGCUGAUGAUGUAUUGGAGGACAUCACCUACGAAGUUCUCAGGCGUAAAGUAGAAAUUCAAAACCACAUGAAGAAGAAGGUACUUAACUUCUUUUCGCUCUCCAAGUCCAAUCCCAUUUUAUUUCGUCAAAAGAUGGCCCACAAGAUUAAGAACAUCAAUGCGUCACUGGCGGAUCUCAAAAGGGAUGCAGCUUCCGUCGGCUUAAUGGCAAGGAGAGUAGAUCAAAACCCUCCAGGUAUGGGGAACAGAGAAACCGUCUCAUUCUUCGGUCGCGAUGAGAAGCCCAUCGGAAGGAAGAAGAUUGUGUCGGAUAUCAUUGCAGCCUUGAUCGAGUCCAAGAAUCAGGAAGAGUACCUUUCAGUUAAGGCCAUUGUGGGAAUGGGAGGACUCGGUAAGACGACUUUGGCAAGAUCAAUAUUCAAUGAUGAUGCUAUCGGUAGACAUUUUGAGAAAAAAAUGUGGGUUUGUGUGUCUGACCCUUUUGAUGUUAAUUCGAUUCUAAAUCGGAUGUUAGAAUCCCUUAAAUCAAACAGGACAGGACUUAUAGCUCGGGAAGCAUUGCUGAAUGACCUCAAAGAAGGGUUGACAGGGAAGAGGUAUAUUCUAAUACUCGAUGAUGUUUGGAACGAAGAUGACGAGUUAUGGAGUGAUUUUACGAGUUGUUUGUCGAGACUCAAUUCUGCUCCCGGAAGCAUUGCCAUUGUUACUACUCGCAGUGCUAAGGUUGGGUCAAUCACAGAGACAAUGCCAAGUUGUGAUUUGGAGAGCCUAUCAGUAGAUGAUUGUUGGUCCAUAUUAAAGAGUGGAGCAUUCCCAAAUGGUGCUCCUCCUUUAGAUCCAACUCAAGAGAACAUUGGAAGGGCCAUAGCUGCAAAGUGUACUGGUGUACCAUUGGUGGCAAAGGUAUUAGGAAGCGUGAUGCGUUCAAGUGAUUGGUCGUUGAUUCUAGAAAAUGAGAUAUGGCAAUUACCAGAAACAGAGCAUAUAAUCAGCUCGGUUUUGAAGUUAAGUUUUGAUAAUUUGAAGUCUCCAUCCUUGAAACAAUGUUUUGCAUAUUGUUCAAUUUUCAAAAAAGAUUUUGAAAUUGAACGGGAUGACUUGGUCCAGUUCUGGAUGGCUCAAGGAUAUCUCCUUUCAUCUCGCACCAUGAGUAUGGAGGACAUAGGCAAUGACUAUUUUAAUAUUCUAUUGCAAAACUCCUUAUUUCAAGAUGCUAGAGAAGAUAAGUACGGCAUUAUUACGAAAUGCAAGAUGCACGAUCUUGUGCAUGAUCUUGCAGUGGAAGUAUUCAAAUCUGAAAGCUUGACGCGAGACUUGGAUCAGAUGGAUGAUGAUGAAAUUGAGAUUCAGCAUGUUGCGCAUAUUUCUUCCACUACAAUUGAAAGAAUUCCAAAAGGGAGUGUUGAGAGAUUGCGGUCGUUGUUUGUUGAUUGCGAGGUCCCUAGUAACACCUUUCAAAGGUUUAAAGGUUUACGGAUGUUGAAUUUAUUCGAUGCCAAAAUUGAGGAGUUGCCCAAUUCAAUUGGAAAGUUGAAACGCUUGAGGUAUCUCAACAUUUCCUGGACAGGAAUAGAAGAACUCCCCAAAUCUAUUGGCAAGCUCUAUAAUCUUGAGACGUUAAGAAUGUCAUAUACAGACAUUAAAACGUUUCCUAGGGAAAUGGAAAAUUUGAUCAACUUGAGACAUGUUUAUUUCGACAAGGAUGUGGAAGUUCCAUUUGGGAUGACAAGAUUGACUCAUCUGCAAACGCUACCUUGUUUUAAAUUGGAUAGAGCAAGGCGUCAUAGACUUGAUGAGCUAGGUGGGUUAAAUGAACUGAAAGGGGAACUAGUUAUUGGAUCAUUGGAAUUUGUGAGGGACAAGGAAGAAGCGAUGGAAUCAAAAUUAGUGGAAAAGGCAAACCUACGAAAAUUGAUAUUAAAAUGGGGGAAAGAAAGAAAUGGCAAUUUUCUUGACGAGGAUAUUCUUGAAGGACUCCAACCGCACCACAACGUAGAAAGCUUGACGAUUGAGGAAUUCAAGGGUACUAAAUUUGCAUCUUGGAUGAUGAGAAAUUGUCGAGCAACCAAUCUCCGUCAUUUGAGCACUAGGAGCUGUCAGCAAUUGUUGAGCUUGUGUUGUGGGUUAGAAUAUUGCCCCUCGCUUGAGACGGUGAACAUUGAGGAUUGCGGCAAUCUAGAAUCCUUCCAAAUUUCACCAUCCCAAUCUCUUCAGGUGUUGAGGAUAGAAGGUUGCCCAAAGCUAAGAUGCACUUCAAUUCAGAGUCUGCCCUCACUCCGUGAUUUGGUUAUUAAGAGGUGCACUACUCUCGAGGGGGACUUGUCUUUAAACGGUUGCACAUCCCUCCGUGAAUUGAGAAUUGAAGACUGCGAUGGAUUCACAAGUAUACUGAGUGGGCUCCAUUCUUGUACUAGUCUUCGCAAACUGGAUAUUAGUAAAUGUCGAAAUUUGAGGACUUUGUCGGGUCAUGGGCUACAAACCCCCGUCUCUCUUGAGCAUAUGGCAAUAUGGAAUUGCCCUAAUCUAGAGGCUAUUCCCAGUUUAGACAACCUCACGUCCCUCACUUAUUUGUGGAUUAGGAGAUGUGAUGGAUUAAUAAGUCUACCGAGUGGGCUUGCAUCCUGCACAUCUCUUACCCAUUUGAGUGUCCACAUUUGCCAUAAUCUACAGGCUAUUCCCAGUUUAGACAACCUCACGUCCCUCACUGAGUUGAUUAUUGAGAAAUGCACUACUGGGGACUUGUCUUUAAACGGUUGCACAUCCCUCCGUGAAUUGAAAAUUCAAGACUGCAAUGGAUUCACAAGUAUACUGAGUGGGCUCCAUUCUUGUACUAGUCUUCGCACACUGGAUAUUAGUAAAUGUCGAAAUUUGAGGACUUUGUCGGGUCAUGGGCUACAAACCCCCGUCUAUCUUGAGCAUAUGGAAUUAUGGGAUUGCCCUAAUCUAGAGGCUAUUCCCAGUUUAGACAACCUCACGUCCCUCACUGAGUUGAAUAUUGAGAGAUGUAAUGGAUUAAUAAGGCUACCGAGUGGGCUUGCAUACUGCACAUCUCUUACCCUUUUGGAUGUCAGUUUUUGCUGCAAUCUAGAGGCUAUUCCCAGUUUAGACAACCUCACGUCCCUCACUGCAUUAAGUGUCAGCUUCUGCGACAAUUUGAUAUCCCUGGCGGAUCACAAUGUGUCCAGCUUACAAUCUCUUUCCUCUUUAGAUUUAUCUUAUUGUGGGAAAUUACAAUAUUUGCCCAAGGGGCUGCACUCUCUAUCUCGUUUGGAAAAGAUGGAGAUCGGUCCAUUCUACGAGGAGCUCGAUUCUUUCCCGGAUUUUCAGGUCCCAUCGAAACUGAAAGAAUUAACAUUGCACGGGUGGCCUAAGCUCAAGUCUCUGCCUCAGCAAAUUCAACACUCUGCUUCUCUAACUGUGCUGGAAAUUUGGAAAUUCGAUGGUCUGGAGGCUCUUCCAGAGUGGUUGGGCAACCUUACAUCUCUUACUCAGUUGGCAAUUCGGCAAUGUGAGAACCUGAUGCAUCUGCCUACGGUCGAAGCUAUGCAACGCCUAACCAAUUUACAUGAUCUAGUGAUUCAUUCGUGUCCCCAACUGAAAGAAAGAUGCGCCGAGGACAGCGGCCCAGAAUGGCCAAAGAUUUCUCACAUUCCAGUUCGGAGUUUUCGGUGAUGAAUCAAAAGGCUCUUACCAGAGUGAUGACGGAACCUGUCAUGAAUCGACCAUCUAUCUAUUCACCGUUGUGGGAAUCUCAAGUAUCUAUCGGCACUGGGGAAGCCAAUCCAAAUUUUACUGUUGCGUAAAAUUUCUGGCAUUUCCCAGAGUCAAGUAUAUACUUUUGUAUAAGGUUGUGUUUCUUCUCACUGUGUGCACGUCCUCUCAACUUACACAGUUUUAUUAGACCAAUUUUAUGGAAGCUCACUUAAGAAGGGAUUCCAGUAUGAGAAUUGCAUUAGGAGAGGAGAGCAAGCGCAGCACAACGGAAACUUAGAUGCAAAAAAAUAGCAGAUUUCGGUCUGGCCAUGGUUUUUUUUCCAGUGAUAAUGUGACUUGUGUGGUGACAUCGGUCAUGGGGCAGAGCGGGUUAUCUUGAUCAAGAGUACUAUAGUUAUCAAGGGUUGAAUGAAAAAAUUGAUUUUUACAGUUUUACUGGCCAACCUGCAAUCUAGAAAGUGAUGAUUUUGUCCACAUAGUGCAGUGGGUGAACCCUGAGUUCCAGAAUGGGAUUUAACAACUAUUUUGUAUCGAAUGAUUCGAGGAGAGUUCAAUGUGAAUUCGGCCUGGAAAGCUUUAGAGACCGAAAUGGCAUGCACAACUAUCACCUGCCAACAUAGAGCCACCAUGGGUUUUGUGCUGUGCCAACUAACACAAUAUAUGGAAUAGAGGUGUCUAGGCAUCGACAAAGAACUCCAGGCUCAAAUGAAGAAACUCGUAUUACGAUUUCACCAUACCAGAGUUCACCUAGAAUGAUUUCCAUUUGUUCAGAUUCCACAAAUGCAGGUUCAAUUUCACCACCAUGCUAGGUAGCUAUUUAGGCUUUACCUUUGCUGGCUCCUACAAACUAUCUCAUUCAUUCCAUGUUCAAAAUUUGAUGGGUUAAAAAUGGGUGUGGGAUCUGUUGUGCAGUGAAUCAGUGUAGGCUAAAUACUAAUAUAUAUCAAUAUGGCCCUCGAGGUAAUCACUUUGGAACAAUGUUUGAAAUGCUUUGACUAGAAAAUACGUUGGCUUAACCAAAUUGCUCUCUUAGUAUGAACAUUGAAUGAUCCAUUGAUUGACGUAGACUAAGCAUCUCCAUGUAAUAAGGAUCAUGUUUCAUGUAAAGUUGUGCAGCAUGAGGUACAAAUCCACACUGUCAUAUACGUUUUUCUGCUUUUUUGGUCGGAACUUGUCAUGCGUAAUAAAUACCAGGUAGUUCAUAGGCUGCAGUGAGACAAAGAGAGAAGAAGAUCUCAACUGGUUUCCUCGUCCUACUGCUCUGUGCAAGUUUCGUUCAUGGAGAGCACCGAAUAGGUUAGCAUUUUCUUUAACUAAAGCGAAUGGUAUUGUGUCCUUCAGAUUUUCGAUGUGCUUAUAAGUUCUGUUUUAGUUCAGAUUCAAGCAAGUGCAAGAAGAAUGUGGUUGUUCCAAUACUUGGAUCCUUACUGUCAGCAGUGGCCCUCCUCCAAGUUAUAGUGCUCAAACUGGUAUGGAAGCUGAGAAGAAUAAGAAAACCAACUGCAGAUGGAGAUAAACGUAACAAAACUCCUGUAGCAUCAGAAGUCCUAGUUCACUUAUGACGAGGUCUUAGAAAUCACCGAAAACUUUAAAACGGAAAUCGGGAAAGGAGGAUUUGGGAUUGUAUACCAUGGCUAGUUGAAAUAUGGCACUCAAGUUGUGGUUCUACAUCGUCAUCUCAAGGAGCUAGCUCAGCUAGGGAGUUCCAAACGGAGGUUGAGCUCCUGAUGAGAAUCCAUCAUAGAAACUUGGCCUCAUUUAUUGGAUACUGUGAUGAUACCUAUAAGUUGGCACUUAUAUACAAGUACAUGCCUAAUGCAAACCUAAAAGAAUAUCUCUGAUCAGAUGCAGAUAGAAGCUCACAUAAACUUGGGAAAUGAGACUUCAGAUAGCAUUAGAUAGGUGCUUAGUGUUAUUUUGUAUGCUACUAUAUAUGCACAAUCCAGUAUUGAAACGGUUGGAAAUCGGUGCGUUUUGGGAGGAGCUCGAUUCUUUCCCUGAUUUUCAGGUUCCAUCACAGCUUGAAGAAUUGGAAUUGUGCGGGUGGCCUAAGCUCAAAUCUCUGCCUCAACAGAUUCAACACUUGACUUCUCUAACAUCUUUGGCCAUUUCCCUUUUCGAUGGUGUGGAAACUCUUCCAGAGUGGUUGGGUAACCUUACAUCUCUUACUCUGUUGGAAAUUCGGCAUUGUGCAAAUCUUCUCUAUCUACCUACGGUCGAAGCUAUGCAACGCCUAACCAAACUACAUGAGCUACAUAUUUUUAAUUGUCCCCGUCUUGGUGAAAGAUGCACCAAGGGCAGUGGCCCGGAAUGGUCAAAGACAUCCCACAUUCCAAAAAUCAUAGUUGAAAGAUGGUGAUUUGAGCCAUUCGGCGCCUCAACGAUCCAGCACGGUGGAUAUUCAUGGUUUUCAUCUUUAAAGAAAAAUAUGUGCAUCGAGGAGUAGUAGCUGUCACGAAGUUGUGCAAGAUAUUGCUCUCAUCCUAAUUGCUUCAAGUUUCAUACUGAAAAGAAAGUUGUUAAGUGUAACGUUACUCGCAACAAUAAACAAUAACAAGGUUAAGUCUUUCGGCAUCA